CAGAAACUCUGAAGAAACCAAACCCUAAAGGAGGAAGAAGUAGUCCCUGUCUCGAUCUCUGUCCUCUCUUUCCCCCUAUCACUUCUGCUCUAAUCAAAUUUGCGCGGGAAAUCUGACCAACCCACUUUCUCUCGUUUCCCUUCUUUUGCUGAUUCGUAGAGGAAUUAGAUAAAACUCCGUAGCUAGAGAUUGAUUUCUCCACGAGAUCUGGGCUUUGUCUUAACGUAGUAAUCAUGCAAAAGCAAUUGAGAGCAGUUCGAUAAAUAAGAUGGAACCUGAAAGUACCAAAUUUGGAGGUAAAGUAUUUUAAAAUGUGGAGUUUCUAUAAUCAUGUCACCGUUGAGGUCAAUGUGCUGGUGGAUUAUAUAAGUGCAGGUCCGAGAGAGUUGUGUGGUGCUGUGGAUCUUAUAUCUCAAUACAAGUUAUUGCAACACCAUGAGUUCUUUUGCAAAAGAUCGCUCUCUGCGUCUCUGUCGGAUUCUCAUUAUCUUCAUGAUGUGGUUGGGGACACUGAGAUUAGAAAAGGAGAAGGAAUGCAGUUAGAUCAGCUUAUUCAGAAUAAUACGUCACAGAGCCGGGAGAGUAAUACACGCAUCCAACCUUUUGAUAUGGAUGGGCUUAAGGAGGCUUUCCAACUUAAUGAUGUGACUCCUGUUGAAUUGCCUCUAGCAGAGAAGGGAGCUCCAACAGUUCCUCCAAAGUCAAAACGUGAGUCCAAAGAUAAGGAUAGGAAACAUAAAAAACACAGGGACAAGGAUAAGGACAAAGAUAGAGAGCAUAAGAAGCACAAGCACAGGCAUAAAGACAGAAGCAAAGAUAAAGAUAAAGACAAGGACCGUGACAGGAAAAAGGAAAAAAACGGCCACCAUGAUUCGGGUGAUCACUCUAAGAAACAUCAUGAUAAGAAAAGGAAACACGAUGGGGAUGAAGAUCUAAAUGACAUUCAUAGGCACAAGAAAAACAAGCAUAGGAGCUCAAAGCUUGAUGAGAUGGGUGCUAUAAGGGUUGCUGGCUAAAUAAAAUUGGUAGAGAUUCCCAAUUUUGUAUUCUGCAAUCCUGUAGGUGUCAUGGAAGAGGUUUAGAAGCGGUUUUCAACUCACUGUAGACUAUAUAUUAGGUUAAAAAAAUUCUAAAUGGUGAUUCAUUCCUCGAAGAAGAAGCAGAACUCUUGUAUUACAUUUGAUUUGGUGCCAGCUUUGUAACAUUUUGGUCUUUGGAGUGUUUCAUUCCAUCUCUUUUUCUGUCUAUAAGAUCAAUACUACUCUCAAUGUUUACUAUUCAUGUAAAAUAAUUAGUUAUCCAAUUAAUGUUGUUGAAAAAAGAAAUCUUAAUCCAAUUAUACCGUAAUAUCUGUAUUCCACAACUUUUUUCUUGUCAACAUCUGUAUUCCACAAUUUAAUUGAAAAUGAUCUACUAUUUUUUUAAGGAUGUCACAUAAAAUAUCAGUUCUAGUAAUUGCUUGUGAAAGGUUUGCAAAAUCUUCAAUCAACCACAAAUUUUAACUAAAGAAGCAAUCCUAAGUUGCUCUCCAUCUUUUACCCUUUCCCACAAACCACCUAUCAUAAGGCACCCUAUGCCUUCCUCUUCAUCCUUCAACAUCAUAUUCCCUUCUGAUUCACUUUCAGAUUUCUCAUUUGGAUGUUCUAUAUCCAUCUCAGCUUCUUCCUCAUGUGUUUCCAAUAUCGAGUCAUUUGGGCUGAGAUCCUCUGCACUCUUCCUUGCUCUUUUGAAUGGUGAGUUCUCCAGUUGCUGACUGUUGCACUCUGCUCCUCGUUUGACAUUGUUGUUACCUUGUGCUUGUUUUGAGAUUGUAUGAGAAUCCUGAGGGUCCAGAAGAGGUAAACGUCCAGAAGAUCCAAUGAUCUGAGGCAACAUACCAAUUGGACAAGGGCUCCAUGUUUUAGCCUUUCUCCAUCCAUUAUUGGCUUUCUCUGUGUCGUUUCCUUUCUUCUUUGAGAGUUGAAGUUUGACUAACUCGAGUCUCUUGCCUGCCCUUCCGAGACUCUUCUCUUGCUCACGAAGCGUCGUAGGAGUUGUUACAAGAGUAGAAGAACUCUGUUUUGAUGGAACAUCUGUGGAGCUUUUAUCCAUUAUAGGGAGUUUUUUCAGCUUCUCCUUCAAGACACGCCCUCCCACAAUCUCCCCAAGCACACAACCUGAUUUCAAAACCAGCUCAUGUCCUAAGGCUCCCAGUAGGAGACAUUUACGUAUAAGUUCCAUAAGGAAUGUGCUGGGAGGUGUCACUUCUAGAGAACUGUUCCUCUGAAAAUGCUUUGACACAGUGAGAAGACCCACAAGCCAUGCAAACAAGCAAGGGAGCUGCUCAG